GGUGUGGACAGGGUAACAAACACCACAAAAAUUUGUUCGGUCUCAAUUCCACCUGCCAUGGCUUCCAAUCUGGAGUGUGACCUAACCUGCCCCAUCUGCCUGGACUUCUACACCGAUCCCGUAUUAACCAAAUGUGGGCACAAUUUCUGCCGCAGCUGUUUAUUGAGGUGUGGAGAGGGGGAGUUGGAGGAGGAGGACUGGGAUUUGCAAGGGGCGGUGGUGGGGGAGGGACAGUUGGAUUUGGAGGGGGAGCAGGACGAAGAGGAGCCAGGGGGACGUAUCAUCUGCUGUCCCCAAUGUCGAUCGGAGAUCAACCUGGAUGAUGUUUACACCAACAGACAGCUGGUGAGCGUGAUCCAGACCUUACGGAAUCUGUACACCUCUGCCCAGGCUCUGAGAUGGACCGAGUGCAAGACCCAUCACGAGGACCUCAAGCUAUUCUGUCAGGAUGACUGGCAGCCCAUCUGCCUGAUCUGUGCCCUCUCCCAAGCCCACAGACAGCACAAAUGCGUGCCCAUCAAUGAUGCUGUGGCGGAAUGCAAGGCAAAUCUACAAGAGCCGCUUGCGUUUCUGGAAGGGAAGCUGAAGGAGUAUCGUUCAAUGCAGCAGUUACAGGGAGAGACGAUUACAACAUAUCUGAACAUGACUGAGAGCCUGAGAGCACAGGUUGGGGAGGACCUGAAAGCAAUGCACCGCUUUCUGGACAAGCAGGAGGAGCAGCUGAUCCAGACUCUGGCAGAGGAAGAGGAGCGAGUCCUGAGGGUAAUGGAAGAGAAUGUGGCCCUGAUCACAAGGGAAACCGAGAACAUCAAAAACAUCAUCAACGACAUCCAGCCCUGGUUCAACACACACAACCCUCAACAUCUACUGCAGGACUAUCAUGGACUUCUGGCAAGGUAUAAUUCGGUUUUUACGACAUAUGACCUGGUGUUGAAUGAGCCCGAGUGCAAUUUCGGAGAGUUCACAGGUCCUUUGCAGUACAAAGUCUGGAAAAGGAUGCUCGGCAUCAUUGAAUCUGUCCCCGCUGUGAUUUUUUUUGACCCGACGACAGCAAACCCUCACCUGGACCUGACGAGUGCUGGCUCCAAGAUCCAGUUCCGCAGGAAACCCCAUCAGAUCCCCUCAACCCCCGCCCGUUUCACCCAUCUGACUGGAGUCCUGGCAAGCGUUGGCAUGGAUUCGGGCAGACACUACUGGGAGGUGGGGAUCGAGGAGGGCACCACAUGGUCCGUCGGUGUGGUCACCGAAGCGGCCAAUCGCAAGACAGUUCUCCUGCCCAACCCCCAGGACGGGUUUUGGGUGGUGGGUCACCAGAGAGGGAAGGGGUUCUGGGCGUACACAGCAAAGAAGAUCUCCCUCAACCCAGAUGAGAACCUGGAAAGAAUUGGUGUGUUUCUUGACUACAAGGCAGGUCGCCUGUCCUUUUACGACGCUGAAGACAUGUCUCACAUCUUCACCUUCAAGGAAACGUUCAAGGAAACUCUUCGGCCUUACUUCCACCUGAAUAACACCGAGAAGACUGGGAACCAGCCCUCGAUGGAACUUUUCCGGUUGAGAUUAUAGGACGGACGUCAUCUCCCAUUCUGCUUCUCAAAUAUUUGGAAGUAAAAUGUUUGCUUUUAUUUCUCUCUCCCUCAAUUUUUCUCACUCUGUAAAAUACGUAUACAGUAAUACUACUUGUAAUUUCAUAUAGUGACUUAUUACACCAUCAGGAUAUCUCAAAAUGCUUCAUAUGAUGUACAAUAAAUUGCAGUGACCGUGUAUUUUGUGGGUGAAAUGUGGCAGCCA